AAUGGCUGCAGACUGUCCUGUCUGGCUGCACUCCCAGCCCCAAACCCAGCAGCUGACUGGCUCAGAAAGGAAAGAGUGUUCUGUCUUUCUGUGCUCUCCAUUUUCUCUGUCUGUCUCAGUAGCCCUGCUCCAAAACUCGUGUUCAACAGAGUGAAUGGCAAGAGGCCCCCGGCAGUGACACAGCACAUGUCAGCCACAGAGGAGUGCUACACAUCGGCACAUGAAGAGAACGUGCGGUUUGUCUAUGAAGCCUGGCAGCAGAUAGAACAGCAGCUGGAUGACAGCCAGAAUGGGGAGACCAGCUGCAGCCCUGUGCAAUACGUAGAGAUAACUCCCAACCCUGGAUUGAAAAACUUUGUGCCCAUUGACCUGGAGGAGUGGUGGGCCCAGCAGUUUCUGGCAAAAAUUGAAAACGGCUCGUAGAAAACUGCCCUCCUGCUCUGUACACAACACUUGAGUUAAAAUGACAAGAGCUCUCUAUAAAACAGUCUCGGCCAAGUGAAGAUGGUAGAAACGGACCACGGCACCUCCUCGCCAACCACCCCCUGUCUGGACACAGCAGGGCCAGGGGAGGAAAGCAGCUACCCACUGCCUCCGCCAGGAUUCCUUAAGUGCCAGUCGAACCGUCGAAACUCCUGCAGACUCUGUAUCUGAGAGAUCUCGCCACAGUCAGUGCAGGGUGGGGAGAGGAUUGACUCUAGGUCUCUCCCCAGGCCAUGAGCUGCAGCCCUGAGAGAAGACAGUUCUAUGUAACCAGGAUCUGGGUACAAUAAAGAGCUGAAACUGCCAAUGGAUGGGAA